AGCAUCACGUUUUCCAUGCGUAAUCAAAAUAGGUCAUGCCCAUGGAGGACUCGGCAAGGUCAAAGUCGACAACAUCAAUGACUUCCAAGAUAUGGCGUCUGUCGUGGCAGUAGCACAGAGCUACUGCACUGUGGAACCCUACAUUGACUCCAAGUAUGAUAUCCACGUACAGAAAGUGGGUAAUAAUUACAAGGCAUUCAUGCGCAAGUCAAUCUCUGGCUGCUGGAAAACCAACACCGGUUCAGCCAUGUUGGAACAGAUUACAAUGCCGGAGCGUUACCGCACGUGGGUAGAUGAAGUAUCAGAUCUCUUCGGAGGGUUAGAAAUCUGUGCCCUGGAAGUAGUGGUUGGAAAAGACGGACGCGAGUAUAUUAUCGAAGUGAAUGACAGUGCGUUGACUCUUCUGGGCGAUACGCAGGAAGAGGAUCGAAGGCAUAUUGCUGAUUUGGUUGUGGCUCGCAUGCAGGCUAUUUGCAGGCCCAAAGUUGGUGAGGAAAUGGGAUCUGAAGAACCAGCACCACCUCCGGUUGGACCAAGAGGUAUUCUUGGUAGUUUGACGAGUUUGACCAGUACUGGUUCUGGUGCGUCGCAUCCACCAUCUGAACCCCCACCACUACCGCCAUCUGGGGAGCAUCCGUCGUUGUCAAGUGUUGGUCGGCGAGACAGUCAGGUAUCACAAACAAGUCAGAUUAGCGGAACCGGUGCUCCGCCCACUGGACGAUUACCGGAAACUCCACCACGACCGGGCUUCCAACGGCAGGGCAGUCAGAGCCAGGCGGUACCUGAGGAUUCAGAGGACACGAUGAAGAACUUGAGGAAAACAUUCGCCGGUAUUUUCGGGGAUAUGUAAACAAUUAAAGAAAAAACAAAAUGGCAGCAAACCACAAAUUGAAACAAAAUGGCGUUAAAUCAGUCAAAUGUCAAUAGGAACAAAAUAAUACCAAAAAAAUCAAAAACAUACAGAUAAACAUGCGACAGGUGAAAAUAUUUUAUCUAUGAUAAAGUCCCAACAUCAUUUGAAGGUCAAAGGACGACGCUGUGAGUACUCGCACCUCUCAGUAGACUAAUUAGUUUUAAUGACUCUACUCGAGAGAAAUAUAAAAGCCGUACUAAUGAUGCUAAUUAAAAGAGGAAGAUGGCGUUAAUGUCGGACAUUUUGUUGUUUGCUGCCGUACAACUCGUUACUUGACAGUUGACAGUUAACAUCAUUCAAUCAACACGCUCCAUUUUAAACUAAUAACUACUAAUAUAACGAUGCAAUAAAGAUGAAGAAGUUGAUUGAUAAGUGAAGAAGACAAAAUUAGGAAUUAACACGCGUUGCAUAACGGAAAAAAGAGGAAACCAUUACACAAACAUGCAAAACAUUCACAACGUUAAAUUGGUGUCAAAUGUUUUGGCACACAGGUUUGCACGUUUUGACAGUUAUAUAAAGACAUGUUAUAACCACUGCCUAUGGCCGGGUGUUUCGCCAUUUUGCAAAACAAAGCAAAGCAAAAUCCACUCAGACGCGAUUGUUUCAUAUCGGUAAAGAAGAUUUCUGUAAAAAUGUCAAAAAGACAAGAGUUGCGUUUUGUUUUGUUUUGUGCAAUGAGUCGUAACACCUUUGUUAUUAUGUUAGACGAAUAGUUGUUAACGAAACAAUAAUAAGUAAGUACGUGUACGUUAUAUACAUUAAAAAUUACUAUACAUACUAUACAUAUGCAUAUACAUACAUACAUAAUAGGUAUAUAUACACAAAAAACAUUUUAAACAAAUUUUGAAAUUUGAACAAUUUUCAAAAACAAAACCAAAAAAAAAAACAAGAGGAAUAUUAUUAAGUCGAUGUUGAGUAUGUGUAGAGACAGAUUGCACCAUGUGUUAAUUAAUGCUCACACGAUUAGCGUACAGCCGACGAUGCACGAUGAAUGUAUGUAUGUGAUGCGCUAGUCGUCAUCAGAUGGCGUUAAAGUGCGUCGUCGCUCAACUGGCACCAUAACGCACUUGAUUUAUAACCACAAAAAUAAGGAAAGAAAUAGAUGCAGCCUAUACUAAACAAAUGUCUUCUAACAUAACCAACAACCUAACCUAUUAAUCAGUCUGUGUCAUAUUAUUAAGCCAAACAAAACCAAAACCAGAACAAAUGACAACACAACAUAUAUGUAUAUGUAUAAGAGUGAAACUAAUACAAAAAAAAUGUCUGUCUUCUCAAACUCUCUUCACUGUAUUUAAAUCUUCUUCUCUGUAUGUAAACGUAAUCGUAAAUGCAAAUAACGAACGAUGCUAAACAAUGACGUCACAAACAAAUAUGUAAAAUGGACAAUAUUUAAAAUGUAUUCAAAUGAAGAUGAUGACACACACAAGAUGGCGACUUGCAGAUGAUAUAAAUAUUAAAUGUGACACAUAUGUUUGACAUUUGAAGCCGAGUCGAGAUGCAUCGAGAUUGAUUUAUGCAACGAAAAAACUCGUUUAGAAAAAUGACAUGCGACACCUCAGAGUCGAUACUAAUACAGUUUUCUUGAGAUUGAGGAUAAUAAUAUUGGCAUUUUAAACAAACUAUAAACAAACAAAAAAGACGAGUAGAUUUUUCAUUAUACAUAGAAAAAGAAAACAGUUUUGAUGAUAUUGAUAUAAAUAUUGAUGAGAAUACAACCAAAUAACGAUGUACUCGAGCAUAGGCUACCGUUAGUUAAUAUUAUUAUCAUAUUAUCAAUGAAUUAUGUACUUUAAGUAGGUGAUGUAGAAAGUGCGCGACGUCAAAGUCAAAAUGUCAAAAAUUGUUAUGUUAUGUUAGGUUAAAUAUUGUUACUUCACAGUUGACUAAUUUUAAGGUUAAGUUAUGUUGCGCUACUAAAAACUCACUCGAGCAACUGCGGAUCGUUUGGGAUUUUUGUACCCGUUAAGUAAAUUCUCUAUAAAAACUAAAGAUGGCGUUGGUUACGACGAUUGACAGCUGUAAAUGUCACUGAAUGUAAUAUAUUCCCGCUUGUAGCUUUACAUACUAGCGCAUGAAGUAAGAAUGUAAAUGUACCAGCAAAGCUUAUGUAAUUUGCUUCUAGAGGGCAGCACUACUACUAAACUAACCAAAACUGUACAUUAUAAGAAUUAUUUAAAUAAUAAUUAAUUUAUCUUUGUCUUUGUUAACUUGAAAGGUCUAAAAUGUAAAACGUCAUAUCAGGUUAUGUGUUAUAUACGUAAUGAGGUUAUGAUUGUUUUGACAGGUGUCUUGACACUUGUCUGACAGACUUUGACGUGGGGAUGCGCACGACAAGGUUGUUUAGCUCUCCCAGCUUGCGGAUAUUACGUUUCAAGCAUAUUGUAUAGCGUUAAUAAUGAAAUAACAAAUAACAUUAAUAAGAUUAGUAUUAUGAAGCAAACAGCAAACAAAAAUAAAUUACAACAAAAACGAAAUACUGAUUAAAUGGAAAAUACUAUGAUAAUAUUAAUAUUAAUAAAAAUCAUCAAUAUAAAAGCAAA